AUGCUUACUGUACAUCAUCUCCAACGAUCUCAAUCCGAGCGCAUUGUCUGGCUCUGCGAGGAACUGGGCAUUCCCUACGAGCUCAAAACCUACCAGCGCGAUGCAAAAACCUUCUUAGCCCCUCCAGAAUUGCAGCAGUUACAUCCCACACAAGCCGCCCCCGUCAUCCAAGACGGCACCACCACCCUCGCAGAAUCCGGCGCGAUUGCCGAGUACAUCCUCACCAAAUACGGGAAUGGGAAAUUGGCCAUCCCCCACACAGCCGACAACUACGCUGAUUAUCUGUACUUCCUGCACUUUGCAAACGGCUACUUCCAGCCCGCGCUGGUGGGGUACUCCACGGUCCUCCGAUCGGGGAUCUCCCGCGACGAUCCCAGCGCGAGAUUCGCCCGGCGGAAUUUCGAGCAGGCGUUGAAGAUCCUGGAUGGUCGACUGACGAAAAAUACCUGGCUGGCGGGUGAGGAGUUUACAGCGGCGGAUGUGAUGAAUGUGUUUACUUUGACGACGGCAAGGCUGUUCUUCCCGUAUAGUUUGGCGGGGUAUGAGGGGAUUCUGGGUUAUUUGCAGAGAGUUAGCCAGCGGGAGGCGUAUAAGACUGCUAUGGCCAAGGGGGAUCCUGGGUUAGUUCCGUUGAUUAGUGCUGAGAAGCCUCGGUCGAUCAGGUUAUAA